UGUUACUCCAGUAGAUACCUAGAUAUUACGGCAACAAGUGUCCGUCCAACUACAUCGUACUCGUAGUGGUUGUGACAUCGAAAGUCCACCACAUCCACCCGCAUCGCAUCUCGACCGCAGUUGCCGUUGGGCUUUAAUUUCGUGCCUGACCCUGAAAUCCAAACUGCUGUUUGUCCUCAGGAGUUAUUUUCCUCCCUCCUUAUUCUACUUCAUGCUAUAAUAUUUUAUUCUUUGUUCAUGAAUGUCAUGACUUUACGAUAAGAACAUCCCUUCCCCGAAGCCGACUCCCCAACAAUUUCUGUUUGAUCACCUUCCGUCAGUUGCGUCGAGAAAACCCCGUCAUAAACAACCAUCAAAGAUGGCGCAAAGCGCUGUAGGGUCGUAUUCGAACCCUUUGAAGAAGUUCAAGUCUGUAUAUGCCUCGAGAGCAUGGCCAGAUGUCGAUUACUGACCCUUUGUCACCAGACUCGUCUUCCUGGGCGAACAGAGUGUCGGCAAGACCUCUCUAAUCACACGAUUCAUGUACGAUUCCUUCGACACGACAUACCAAGCAACCAUCGGCAUCGACUUCCUCUCCAAGACCAUGUACCUUGAAGACCGCACCGUCCGACUACAACUUUGGGACACGGCCGGCCAAGAGAGAUUCCGCUCCCUCAUUCCAUCGUAUAUCCGAGACUCGUCGGUCGCCGUUGUGGUCUAUGAUAUUUCCUCCAAAAGGACGUUUGAACAGACGCGGAAAUGGAUCGAUGAUGUUCGGGGUGAACGAGGCAACGACGUGAUCGUUGUGUUGGUCGGGAACAAGACGGAUUUGGGUGACAGCAAACGAGAGGUUACCACGCAGCAAGGUGAAGAGGAGGCCAAAAGAGCAGGCGCCAUCUUUAUGGAAACGAGCGCAAAGCUCGGACACAACGUCAAGGCCCUAUUUAGGAGAAUUGCUCAGGCUUUGCCUGGGAUGGAGGGUGAAGAUCAGACUCAGCCUAACCCACAAGUCAUUGAUGUCGCGGUCAACAGCCAGAAGCCGGCGGAUGAUGGUUGCGCGUGUUGACGCUCAUACGCUUUUACGAGCUCCAACUUUUGGUGACGGUUUCUUGGACUAGUCCCUUCGUAUCGGAAUCUACAACCCCGCCCGAGUGUUGAGGUAUGCUUUGGUGGCCUUUUUGGAAGCUACAUUCCUACGCUGCUCAGGGGAGCUGGAAUGUCGGAUGUCGAAGGGCAAUAGGAUUGUGGACAGGAGGCACUUUCCAGGAAGCGCAUAUGCCUAAAAUAUCAAAAGGUUGGAAUUAUGUGUAGGAAGAUGUGAUUGUGCAUAGCAAGGCGUUCCAGGCUACCCAAAUGGAAGGAGGGAUGUGUUCAACUAACCCGUGCGUGGGGUAUAUGUACAGAAGCAGGGGCGGGCGAGACUCUAUCGAGAUGGACCAGUACAAAACAAAGUCCCGACAAAGUCAUUAAUGAUACUGCCUGUACAAAAUAGCCCGCUUUUUAUGCGCCUUUGUAAUGUAAUAGUUGGCUGGGUACGGGGUAUAUUAGAUACCUAGCAUUGAUGAUUCGUUUCUACGCAAACGUGAAGGUUUAUCAUUGCUUCAACCAAUCCGCC